AUGCGGGCAACGAGGACCUUGCGAGCACAGAAUGCGCAGUCAUUGGAUAAGCAGGAGGCCGAUCAGCCCAACCCGUCUGAACUCCUCCGCGUCGUCUCGGUUCAUCUGUGCGGUGCUCCUGCCGCUGCUGUGUUUCCUGCUGUUUCUGCGUGGUUGUUGCGAGAAGACGAAGAGGCGACUGCGUUGACCGCCCGGCAUCGAGAAGACUGA